CACUUCUCCACCAUCUCCACCAUGUUCCUCCCCUUCUCCAUCCUCCUCCUCCUCCUCCUCCCCUUCUCCUCCUCCUCCUCCGACGAGCUCCACCUCCUUCUCCAAACCAAGCAACUCUUCUCCGACCCUACAAACGCCCUCUCCAACUGGGACCCUAUCCUCCACCCCAACUUCUGCAACUGGACUGGCAUCACCUGCUCCUCCUCCUCCACCAUCACCAUCAUCAACCUCUCUUAUCUCUCCCUUUCCGGUCCUUUCCCUUCUCCUCUCUGCCAUCUCCCAUCCCUCUCCUCCCUCUACCUCUCCUCCAACAACCUCAACUCCUCCAUCCCUCCUUCCUCCCUCCUCCCCUGCUCCUCUCUCUCCUUACUAGAUCUCUCCGAAAACCUCUUCACCGGUCCUCUCCCUUCUUCUCUCCCUUCUCUCCCUUCCUUAUCCUACCUUGACCUCUCCGCCAACAACUUCUCCGGCCUUAUCCCUUCAUCUUUCUCCCUUUUCCCCAACCUCAAAGCUCUCUCCUUGGUCGGCAACCUUCUCACUGGUACUAUCCCUCCUUUCCUUUCCAACAUCUCCACUCUUCACCAACUCAAUCUCUCCUACAACCCUUUCCAUCCUUCCCCUCUCCCUCCCUCCUUCUCCUCCCUCUCCUCCCUCCAAAUUCUCUGGCUCGCCGGCUGCAACCUCAUCGGACCUAUCCCUUCUUCUCUCGGCCUUCUUUCCAAACUCCAAAACCUUGACCUUUCCACCAAUAACCUCACCGGUUCCAUCCCUGCUUCUCUUUCCAACCUCUCUUCUGUCAUUCAAAUUGAGCUUUAUGUCAACAAGCUCUCUGGUCCUAUUCCUCAUGGCUUUGGCAAACUCCCAAUGCUUCAAAGGCUUGAUUUUGCCACCAAUGAACUCACUGGUUCCAUUCCUCAAGACCUUUUUGAUGCUCCUUUGCUUGAUAGUGUUCACUUGUAUGAGAACCAGCUCACCGGAGAGAUCCCACUCGGCGUUGCGCGCUCUCGAAGUCUAACUGAUCUCCGCCUCUUCACCAACCAACUCACCGGCGCACUUCCGGCCGGUUUCGGCCGGAGCUCGCUGCUUGUGUUUGUAGAUUUGUCUGAUAAUCAUCUCUCCGGCCCUGUUCCGGCCGGCAUUUGCGAUGGUGGUGGCCUGGAACAGCUUCUCUUGCUUGAUAACUCAUUGAAUGGGAGCUUGCCGGAAAGUCUCGGCCGUUGCCGGACUCUCACUCGUCUUCGUCUCGCUAACAAUGAGCUCUCCGGUGAAGUUCCUGAUUCUCUCUGGGGUCUCCCUCACGUUUCCCUCAUCGAGCUUUCCGGUAACCACUUCUCCGGCUCAAUAUCUCCGGCGAUCUCCACGGCUGCCAACCUCUCAAAACUAGAUAUUUUUGGGAACCAGUUCAGUGGCAGCAUUCCACCGGAGAUUGGCGCUCUCUCUUUACUCUACGAGUUCUCCGCCGGCGAUAACCAGCUCUCCGGCGACCUCCCCUCCGAGCUCUUGAACUUGGCUGAGCUCGGAAAGCUCGAUCUUCACAACAACUCACUCUCCGGCGAGCUCCCUAAAGGCGUUCGAUCAUUGCAAAAGCUCAGUGAGUUGAAUCUCGCCCACAAUGUCUUCACUGGUUCAAUCCCUCCGGAGCUCGGCGACCUUCCGGUGCUCAACUAUCUCGACUUCUCCGUCAAUGACUUCGUCGGAGAAGUCCCCGUUCAACUCCAAAACUUGAAGCUAAACAAACUCAACCUCUCAUACAACAAGCUCUCCGGAUCACUUCCUCCUCUCUUUGCAACUAAUUCAUAUAAGACCAGCUUCAUCGGAAACCCCGGCCUCUGCUCCGGCAUGCAGGGGCAGUGCUCCGGCGACAAGCAACUGAAUCACAAAUCACUCAAUUGGUUACUCCGUUUCAUGUUCAUCCUCGCUGCCUUCCUCCUCAUGGCCGGUGUGCUAUGGUUCUACUACAAAUACAAGAACCUCAAUAGCUCUUCCAACCUGAUCACUGACAAGUCAAAAUGGACAUUGACAUCAUUCCACAAGCUUGGUUUCAGUGAGUAUGAGAUCUUUGGUUGCUUGGAUGAAGACAAUGUGAUUGGGAGUGGAGCUUCAGGGAAAGUCUACAAAGCAGAGCUCAGUAAUGGUGAAGUGGUGGCCAUUAAAAAGCUUUGGGGAGCUUCAAAGUUGGCAAAUGAUUCAAAUGAUGGAUUCAAUGCAGAGGUUGCUACUUUGGGCAAGAUCAGGCACAAGAACAUUGUGAAACUUUGGUGUUGUUGUACUUAUGAGGAUUGUAAGCUUCUUGUUUAUGAGUAUAUGGCUAAUGGGAGCUUGGGAGACUUGUUGCAUGGUACUAAGGCAGGGAUUUUGGAUUGGCCUAUAAGAUAUAAGAUCAUCUUGGAUGCUGCAGAGGGGUUAUCUUAUCUGCAUCAUGACUGUGUGCCGGCAAUUGUUCAUCGAGAUGUUAAGUCGAAUAAUAUUCUGUUGGACGGGGAGUUCGGCGCGAAGUUGGCUGAUUUUGGCGUCGCAAAGAAUGUGGAAGCAGUGACCGGGAAAUCGCCCAAGUCUAUGUCUGUCAUUGCUGGUUCUUGUGGUUACAUUGCUCCAGAAUAUGCGUACACGAUGCGAGUGAACGAGAAGAGUGAUAUAUACAGCUUCGGCGUGGUGAUACUAGAGUUAGUGACCGGGAAACUUCCCGUCGAUCCUGAAUUCGGUGAGAAAGAUUUAGUGAAAUGGGUGUGUAGCACAUUAGAGCAUAAAGGGGUGGAUAAUGUGAUUGAUCCAAAGCUUGAUUUAUGCUUCAAAGAAGAGAUACUCAAGGUAUUAAGCAUCGGCAUUCUCUGCGCAAGCUCCCUACCGAUAAAUCGCCCCUCGAUGAGGCGGGUUGUCACGAUGCUGCUCGAUGUGAGUCCUGUGAGCAAGCCUAAGGUCUCGAAAGAUGGCAAGAUGUCACCGUAUUACUUCGACGACAAUGAUAGUGUCGCCGGAUCAUGAACUUUCAAUGUAUUCUGCUAGUAUUACACAUCUCUAAUGUAAAGGAAUUAGAAGCUGAACAAUUGAAGCCUGAUGUAAUCUUAGAUUUGUUUUUAUCUAUGAAAUCUUAUUUGAUUCA